AUGGCCUCUUCGGGCGUGGAGAUCCUGGGACUGACGCUGGCCGUGGCGGGCUGGCUGGGCGUGAUGGUGGCGUGCGGCCUUCCCAUGUGGCGCGUGGCAGCCUAUGUGGGCCAGAACGUGGUGGUGUCCCAGGUGAUCUGGGAGGGCCUAUGGAUGAACUGCUCGGUGCAGAGCACGGGCCAGAUGCACUGCAAGGUUCACGACUCCAUGCUGGGGCUGCCUCGAGACCUCCAGGCGGCCCGCGCCCUGGUGGUGGUCUCGGUGGCGUUCGGCGUAGCGGGUGUCGGCCUGGUAACGGCGGGGGCUCAGUGCACGGACUGUAGCCAGGACGUGAGGGGCAAACGGCGUCUGGUGGUGUCUGGGGGGCUCGCCUUGACCCUGGCGGGGUUUCUGACCCUGGUGGCCGUGUCCUGGACGGCGCACGCCAUCGUGUUGGGCUUCUACGAUCCGCUUCUGGAGGACACGGGGAAGCGGGACUGCCUGACAUCAUGCAUUCUGCCCAUGUGGAGAGUGUCGGCUUUCAUUGGGGUCAGCAUCGUCACGGCGCAGACCAUCUGGGAGGGUAUCUGGAUGAACUGUGUGGUGCAGAGCACAGGCCAGAUGCAGUGUAAAAUCCACGACUCCAUGCUGGCCCUCAGCGGCGAUCUGCAGGCCGCCCGGGCCCUUACCGUCAUCUCCAUUGUGCUGGGCCUGGUAGGCAUCCUGGUGGCCAUGAUGGGGGCCAAGUGCACCAACUGCGUGGAGGAGGAGCGGGCCAAAGCUCGGGUGAUGAUCGGGGCCGGGGUGGCGUUCAUCCUGGCGUCUCUGACCCAGCUCAUCCCGGUGUCGUGGUCGGCCAACGCCAUCAUAAUGGAGUUCUACAAUCCCGCCAUCCCCGAGGCCCAGAAGAGGGAGAUCGGAGCCGCUCUGUAUGCCGGCUGGGCUGGCGCCGCCUUGCUGCUCCUCGGCGGGGGCAUUCUGUGCUCCAGUUGUCCCCCACAGGCUGAGAAGUACAGGCCCCCAUCAAAAAUCAUAUACCCGCCCAGCAGAUCCAUCCCCCUGAGUGGCUACGAGCAGAGAAACUACCAAGAGUUUCUCCAGCGCGACGUUGGUGGAACAGCUUACAGGAUGUCCGUCGGCCUGGAGUUGCUGGGCAUCUCCCUGUGCAUCCUGGGAUGGAUCAUCGGCAUUGUGGCGUGCGCCCUGCCCAUGUGGAGGGUGACGGCGUUCAUCGGCAGCAACAUCGUGACGGCGCAGAUCAUCUGGGAGGGCCUGUGGAUGACCUGCGUGGUGCAGAGCACGGGCCAGAUGCAGUGCAAGGUCUACGACUCCAUGCUGGCCCUCUCGCAGGACCUGCAGGCCGCCCGGGCGCUCACUGUCAUUUCCAUCUUGCUGGCCAUCAUGGCCGUGCUUAUCGCAAUCACCGGCGCCAAGUGCACCAACUGCAUCGAAGAGGAGGCCUCCAAAGCCAAGGUGAUGAUCAUCUCUGGGGUGUUCUUCAUUGUGUCGGGCGUCAUGCAGCUCAUUCCCGUCUCCUGGUCGGCCAACACCAUCAUCCGGGACUUCUAUAACCCUUUACUGACGGACGCCCAGAGGCGGGAACUGGGCGCCGCGCUCUACAUCGGUUGGGCGGCCGCCGCCCUCCUGAUCUUGGGCGGCGGACUGCUUUGCUGCUCGUGCCCGCCCAGCGAGGCCCGGUACAACAAUUCCCGAAUGGCGUACUCGGCCUCCAGGUCCGCGGGAGGCCAGGGGAUGGAGAGGAAAGACUACGUGUGAGCAAGGACAGGGACAAAAAUACUGGAAGCCCAUCCCUGCGAGGAGAUGAUGGAAAAUUGAUCCAAUCAUCAGUUGAUUUCUGUACAUUUUUACCUUAAUGUAAGUCUAUAUACUGUAUACUGAAAAAAAUUAUGAUCUCGACUUCCUCAGUGUGAAAUCUGGGUGAAUUUAGACAAACACAAAGCUAAUAUUCUGUUGUAUGAACGGCAACAUGUGGACACAAGUUAAUUGUACCUUCUGCCAUCUAGUGGAAGAGCAUUUCAUUUAUCCUGCCUAUCACUAUACGUCACUGGCUUAGAUAGAUGUACAGUGAUACGUUUUUUUUGUCAUGACUUAAUAAUCAUUUUGGACCAUUUUGGCAGAAAAUCUGUCCCAAAAUUGCAAUUUUUCUUCACUUUUAACAAGCAUUUUUUACCCACCAAAUCCCUUCUCAAUAAAAAUUGAACAAUAGUUUUAUACUUAAAUAUUUAUGUGCCACAACUUUCAAUGACUUCUGAUUUCAACUUCAAUUUGUUGUUUACAAUAGAUAUAACAAUCAAUUGCAGGGGCAAUUGUGUACAUGAGACGACUACAUUUAUUUGUUUUUUUAUUGUCGUAACGGUCCUCCGAGGGAAACCACAACUACAAUGUGAGCCACAAACAAAAUGAGUAUGACACCCCUGGUAAGACUGUUAAGUAUAAUUGUGGUUAUGGGGGGAUAGUUCCUGUUUGAUUAAAUCCCAUCUAGUGGCAGCACAUUUAAUUGUUCUACCUGUCACUAUACAUCACUGGCAUAGAUGAGCAAAGAUAAAUUAACUCAAUUUUCUCCUCUAGAAACAAACCGCACAGAAAGGAUUGUCUGUGCAC